UUUUAAAAACUAUAUGCGACCUUUAUACAGUCUAUGUAUGCGACAAACUGAUCUUUGGCGGGUAGUAGUUCGAUGAUUCGAUGAUUCGGGAUCAAUUUCUUCAGCCUGAAUACUGCCGCUCUUCUGUCGAUUGCUCCUGUCUGCGGCUCAUUGAAUAAACAUGGCGGCGACUCCAGCAACAAACCCUUCUCAGUUGCUCCCACUUGAGCUGGUGGAUAAAUGUAUCGGCUCCAGAAUUCACAUUGUCAUGAAAACCGACAAAGAAAUCGUCGGCACUCUGCUGGGCUUCGACGACUUCGUCAAUAUGGUCCUGGAGGACGUGACAGAAUUUGAAAUCACACCAGAGGGACGGAGGAUAACCAAGCUGGACCAGAUCCUCCUCAACGGCAACAACAUCACCAUGCUCAUACCUGGAGGAGAAGGUCCUGAAGUUUGAGAAGAGAAUCACUGAAGGCUGUGACAGUUUUGUGUUGUGGAUUUAUUCCUCAGUUUAUUAUGUUGUUGGUGGUGGUCUUCCCUCUCGGUUUUAAGGGGGGAAAAUAUUUUUGUAAUAAGAUUCCAAAUUUAAUUUCUUGUUUUGAAAACUACAAUUACAAUAAGAUGUGUACCGCAAAACGUGACGAAUACAGUUUCUUUUUCUUUCUUUUUUACCAAUAAAUGAGAAUCAGUUUGAAUAAACAAUAUUUUCCUUA